CCCGCCUCGGUUAGUAUAGUAAACUUCCGACCUACGACCCGACAUGACCAGCGUGAGUUUAGAGUUUCUCCAGGACCUCAUAAAGGAGGAGCAUCCUGAUGUUACGUUACAGGAUUUUGAGGGUGCUCCGGGUUCUAAGCGCGGAGAUAACUACACCUCAAUGGUAUACCGGAUAAGUUUAAAAGGUACCAGAAAGCAUAUAGACACUGAUGGCAAAGAGCUCAUCGAGCCUUGGCAAGGUUCCAUCAUAUACAAAUGUCUGCCAGAAAGCAUAAUAUGCCGACAAACCUUCAAAAGCGACGAAUUGUUUUGCAACGAAGUAGCCUUCUACAACAAAAUAUGGCCAGCACUGGCUAGUUUUCAGAGCAAAUGGGAGAAAGUUACGCAUCCAUUUAAAUCGAUACCAACAUGUUACUUGGCUCGAAAUGAUUUGGUUGUCCUGAAAGAUUUGAAGGAGUUGGGUUUCGUUAUGCCGGAUCGAAGGCAGGGGUUGAGCAUUGAGCAAUGCUAUUUUGUCUUGAAGCACAUAUCGCAUUUCCAUGCACUUUCUUUGGCGAUGAAGAAUUUUGAUCCUGAAGGUUUCUAUGAGUUGCUGAAUGUACAUGAUGGAAUUUCUGAGGUAUUUUUUCUCACGGAGAAUAUCGAAUACUACAAGAGCUACUACACAGAAGCAAUCCGCAAUGCCGUGACUAUGGUGGAAGAGGAACUCCAUGAUACUCCAGAUAAGGACAAAUACUUGGAGCCCUUCAAACGGUUCUGCUCCGAAGACACCUUCUUCCAGACCAUGGUGGACAGAGUGACCCCUCGAGAGCCACUGGCUGUCAUCUGCCAUGGGGAUUGCUGGACGAAUAAUCUUCUUUUCAAAUAUGUUAAUGGUGAUAUUGCUGAGAUGUACAUCGUAGACUUUCAACUCGCGCGCUAUGCAUCUCCAGCUUCAGACCUGGCCUUCCUCAUCUACCUGUGCAUGGACAGGGAUCAGCGUAAAGAACACCUGGACGGCCUUUUGAGCUAUUACACAGACGAGCUUUACGCCCGCCUGACUGAGAUGAGCGAUGGAAAUAUAAUGGACAAAGAAACCCUGACUGAUAUGUUGCAGGAAGAGUUCAAAAAAAGCAGUCACUUCGGUCUAGGGAGUGCGUUGGAUAUGUACCCCAUACUCACGUGCGACAGCAAUGAGGCACCUAAUCUUUAUCAGGAAAGAGAGAGUGAAGUUGUAUCGCCAUCAGACAUCAUGCCUGUACUGACGUCAAAUGCGAAGUGCCGUAAGAAAAUGACAGAUUUAAUCAUUGAGCUGGUGGAUGGGGGGCUUUUAUAAAAUAAAAACAACUUUUUGGCUUUGAGCAUACAUCUGUGUCGAUGCAAGCGAUUGUGGUAGCCGCCCCAGGAAGAAAAUACAGCUAUACCUACAGAGUGUCUAGUGUGAGAGUUUUUACCUAAGAUACGAUACGAUCGCGUAAAUGUUAACUAAGAUUUGUAUGGAAUUGAGAGAGCGCCAUCUAGUUACACCAUUAGGUAGAAAAUCUCAAACUGAGCCACUGAGCCACGGACCUACCCUUUUAGUAUUCCGUGCCUCAAAAGAAAAAUUGAAGGAUUUCGUUGUCCGUUUGCCUGUCUUUCAACACCCUUUGUCACAUUUUAUUUAAUAUCAAAUAGGUACCUACCUAUUCAAUGCUAUCCUGGAGCUGGAGCAAAUGUGUUAUUAACCUAUACGAUUAUUGACCAUUGACCUAGAACAGUGGCCCACUGGAGGAAGGCGUCAGAUUUUUAAUAAACGCGGCUUAAACCGGUUAGUUAAGCAUUAAGAAUAACUUCUGUUUAUUAGAACCAAUUUAACGUUAAAUUAUGUUUCUUUUAAGGCACGGAACCAUUAGUGUGUGAGCCCGACUCGCACUUGGCCGUCUUUUUUAUUUUACAAAGUGAUUCUUGAUCAACCUACAAACCACUCACGAGUGAUUAGACGUUUUCAAAACUCUGAGUACGAUAUACUUACUGAUUAAUAACUUUAAGUGGGUUACAAUAAUUUAUUGGGACAACGAAUAAAAUUAAACUAUUAAUCACAA